AGAUCCUUGCUGGCACGUUUCUGGAUAUUUUGUUGAACUAUCAUUAAGAAUUCAGAGAAACUGCUGAGUGACCAACUGAAAGAAAGAUCUAAUUUUCUGAAGGCUUACGUGUAUCCCAUCAACUUCAUCAAAUCAGAACAAUGUCCUACGUUUUUGUAAAUGAUUCUUCUCAGACUAAUGUGCCCUUACUACAAGCCUGUAUUGAUGGAGACUUUAACUAUUCCAAGCGGCUUUUGGAAAGUGGCUUUGAUCCAAAUAUUCGUGACAACAGGGGCAGAACAGGCCUUCACCUGGCAGCAGCCCGAGGGAAUGUAGACAUCUGCCAGUUGCUGCAUAAAUUUGGUGCUGAUCUUCUGGCCACAGAAUAUCAAGGAAACACAGCUCUUCACCUUUGUGGUCAUGUGGAUACUAUUCAAUUCUUAGUUUCCAAUGGACUCAAAAUUGAUAUCUGCAAUCACCAAGGUGCUACACCCUUAGUUCUGGCAAAGCGCAGAGGAGUGAAUAAGGAUGUCAUCCGAUUGCUGGAAUCUUUGGAAGAACAGGAGGUAAAAGGAUUUAACAGAGGAACCCACUCGAAACUGGAGACCAUGCAGACAGCUGAGAGUGAAAGUGCCAUGGAAAGCCAUUCUCUCCUGAAUCCCAACCUACAGCAAGGUGAAGGAGUCCUUUCCAGUUUCCGAACCACCUGGCAGGAGUUUGUAGAGGAUCUGGGCUUCUGGAGGGUCCUGCUGUUGAUCUUCGUCAUUGCGUUGCUGUCCCUUGGCAUUGCCUACUACGUGAGUGGGGUGCUGCCCUUCGUGGAAAACCAGCCUGAACUGGUGCAUUAA